ACAAUGUUUGCUUCUGCAAGAGCAAUACGUAAUAUUUUGAAACCUUUGCAAAAUGCAACAAAACUCAGGACGAACGCACAAGGAGUGCGGCACAUACGAGAUGUCCAGAGUCAACGACCGCCUUCUAACAGCCAGCUAGUACGCCAAACUAAAGAUCUCGAACCACCUGAUCCUACUUCAACACCCAGCGAUUUGGAUGCACCACUAGAAUUUGGCCAACGUGAGGCACAUGUGCCAACAUUUAAUCUAGCUGCCCAUGUAAAUAGCUCCAACACCCUGCAGCAGCUUCUUAGCCUGGGAGUCGACUUGCAUAGCAUUGAACGACGCAAAGGAUUGGGCCAAUUUGUGCUAGAAUUGGAAUUUGACAAAAAUGUAAAGCCGGUUCUGACUUUCCUCGUGGAUCAAGGAGUAUCCGCCAGUGACUUUGGUCAGAUAAUCAGUAAGAAUCCUUUGCUCUUCAAAGUGGAUCUUGAUGUCCUACAGACACGAGUGGAGUAUUUAAAAAGUAAAAAUUUCACUGAUGAAGCGAGAAGUCGCAUUCUGACACAAAAUCCUUAUUGGCUGAUGUUCUCUACACGACGAGUGGACCGCCGUUUGGGCUUUUUUCAAAAGGAAUUUCGCUUAAGUGGAUCCGAAUUACGUUUGCUGGCCACUAGAGAGCCCAACGUGAUCACCUAUAGCAUGGAAAAUCUAAGGAAAUCUAUAUUUACUCUAAGAGAAGAGAUGGGCUUCAGCGGUAAAGAGUUGAGCCAUCUGGUAGUAAAAAAGCCUCGUCUCAUGAUGAUACCUCCUGACGAUCUGGUGGAACGAUUUAGCUAUAUUUACAAUACCAUGGGUCUCUCUCAUAGUGCAAUUUUACAAAAUCCCGAACUGCUGGCCUCACGUGAAUUUCGUUUGAGAGAGCGCCACGAAUUCCUGCAGUUGCUGGGCCGAGCACAAUAUGAUCCAAAGAAGGAUUUGUAUGUAGCACCCAAGACUAUAGUUUUAGGCAAUAAUUUUUAUUUUGUUAGGAAUGUGGCCAAAAGUGAUAUACAAACAUUUGAUUUGUUUUUGAAAACACGCUAAAUUAAACGUCGCAUAUGUAGAUUCCUGUAUUAUGCGUUAAAAUAUUA